UACAUCGUAGAAGUGAUUCCCUAUCAGAUGGCAGAUUUGAGUUCUUGAUAUAAUAUAACAACCUGACAUGUAGCUAAGGAUAAAAAUAAUCGGCGUUUACAAAAAUACUUAUUGCUUUAACUGAAUCGUCGAACAGAUGGGUUUCACACAGAUGGACGUUGUAUCAUGGUUUCUAAUUGUGGUUAUGUUGAUGGUGCUGGCCUUUGUGUUGAUGAAAUUAUAUAGAUUAUAUCGUCUUCAGCUGUAUGAGGUGCGCGCACCAGACAUUGAUCGUGGCCAUCGCUGGUAUAUGGUAGAUAUAUUUCCAGAGCAAACAUACUGUACCAUUGGUCACUACCGGAUAAAACAUGGGGCAACAUGUGACUCUUGUGGUGUGUGUGUGGAUGAUCAUAACAUGAAAGCAGCAGACAAACAAAUCCACUGUAAGCCUGUUUCUGAGAUUGGCCAUGGGACACUUCAUCAUUGGGUUCAGGGCAAUCUACCACUAUACAGCAAGUGCUUCAUUUGUGGUGAAGAUUGUGGUGUACUACCUCAGAUCUGUGAUGUUUGGUGUGCAUGGUGUAGAAGGACUGCACAUGAACACUGUAAGCGAAUCAGUGAUCUAUGUGAUCUGGGUCGCUUUAAGACUUCCAUUGUACCCCCUAACUGUGUCAAACUAAAACAAGUGGGUUUGAAAGGAAGACGACGUCUGGUGGUGGACUCUGCUAGUCAUCCAAACAUUGCCAAUUGGAGUCCCCUCAUAGUAGUCGCUACCAGGAAAAGUGGAAAUAAUGAAGGAGAAUUUAUUUUACGGGCCUUCCGGGGCUUCUUACAUCCCUCACAGGUGAUUGACCUGAAUGAUGUGCCACCGGAGAAUGGCCUUGAAUGGUGCCACCUUCUCCCUGAUGUCACCUUCCGUGUUUUAGUUUGUGGGGGUGAUGGUACCAUUGGAUGGGUGCUGAAUGCUAUAGAUAAGCUUGGCCUCAAAAAUCCACCUGAUGUGUGUAUUCUGCCAUUGGGGACAGGCAAUGAUAUGUCACGUGUCUUAGGAUGGGGUGAAGGCUACACUCAUGGUGAUGUUAAUAUACCAGAUAUCCUGGAGAAAAUUAGUGAAUCUCAGCCUGUUAGUCUAGACAGAUGGAAAGUGGAGAUAAGAAUGAGAAGUAUUGUGAUAAAGAAGAAAAAGGUUGUAAUGAACAAUUAUGCCUCUAUAGGGGUGGAUGCCCUAGUUACCCUGAAUUUCCACAGACAGAGGGAGAGUAGGCCAUGGCUGUUUGCACAUCGCCUUAUCAAUAAGUUAUGUUAUUUUACUUAUGGCACCAAGGAUGUGAUGGAGCGAGAAUGUAAAGACUUAAACAAGAAGAUUUCGGUAGAACUGGAUGGUCAGAACGUAAAGCUACCAGAGAUAGAAGGCUUGGUAAUCCUCAACAUCGCUAGCUGGGGAGGAGGCUGUCUUCCAUGGACAUUGGACGACGGCCAUCAAAAUUUCCGACCUGCUAGGUAUGACGAUGGCCUGCUGGAGGUGAUGGCUCUUUACUCGUCAUUCCAUAUUGCCCAGUUACAGGUCGGCAUGGCGGCACCGCUCAGGAUAGGUCAAGCCAGAACAGUGAAGAUAACGUUACACGGAGGUAAAGUACCGAUGCAGGUUGAUGGAGAACCCUGGGAGCAACGCUACCCUGCCGAGAUCUUCAUAUCGCACCACGGACAAGCAAGAGUCAUGUCCGCGGACAUUUAGGUCGAUAUACAGGAGUCAUAUAGCACCACGGAAAUCAAGAGUCAUGUCCGCGGACAUUUAGGUCGAGAUACAGGAGUCAUAGAGCACCACGGAAAACCAAGAGUCAUGUCCGCGGACAUUUAGGUCGAGAUACAGGAGUCAUAUCGCACCACGGACAACCAAGAGUCAUGUCCGCGGACAUUUAGGUCGAGGUACAAUACAAGAUCUGUUGCCAUCUAGGUCGUCAAUAUAUAAGGUUCAUUGUGACGUGCUUCAAAGUAAAGUUCAGUGUUAUCGCUACAUAUAACACCACAGUGAUGAGUUUGUAUUAUUAUGUUUUUAUAUCUUACAAACGACUUUUUAUGAAUCGCGUGCAAUACUUUUCUUAACACAAUGCACGUUUUUGCAUUACAAUGUAACUAGGGAUUGUAAUCUAAUUGGUAUGAUAAAAAAACGUCUUAAAUGUCUAAGUUUACGGAUCGUAAAACCAAAAAGUACUGGCAGUGUUUCAGCUUGGACGUAAAUAGUUUGGAUUAUCUGCCUCUGCCUUUUCCGUUUUAUCUUUGUUGGACGUCUUAUGAAAAAAUAGAUUAACAUUACACGAUUUGAUGAGCGUUAGCUGAUUUUAUCCUCAGUAGAAGUCAGUAGAUUGUACUCUGUAUUCUAGGACACAACUCAUUAUUUCGUACUUGAAAAGAACAUUACGUCUGACAAUUUUACAAUAUAUAGACCUUUCUCGCAUAUGUAACCUACCACUUACUGAAGGUCGAAUCGUACCCCGCGUGAAGUUGUCUUAUUAUCUAGCUUCAUACAUACAUACGACAUUCGAAAUUGGCAUGAAUGUCGCUUGACUCGACAUUCGACAUACGACAUUGAAAACUGGAAAAUGUUACCACCUUGUUUACAAAAAAUACAUGUAUGUUAGAUAUAUAUUUAUUACCGAAAUGAUACAUGUGCAUCUGUUAUUUAUAGCAACCUGUAAUAUUCUGGAUGAAAUCCUUGUUAACCAUUAAAAUAUUUUAUCUGUCUUUACUCUAUUUUAUAAAUACGAUUUUUUAAAUUAGUGUGAAUGUCGCUUAACUCGACAUACGACAUUGAAAUCUGGAAAAUGUUACAACCUUGUUUACAAAAAA